AAUGUUUGUAAUUAUUGUGGAUUUGGCAUUUUAAAUUAUUUUUAUCGGCAUAACCCACAGCUUAGUAGAGACUUUACCUGGAAUUUUGGACAACAUGGCACUCGCAAGAAGACGUGCUUACGAGUAUUCUACAUCUGUAGACUUUGCAUCUUUUUUAUCUGUAGUUUAGAUGUUAUAGUAAUUCUAGGAACUGGUUUUCAUGAGACCAUUCUGAAGUGAAUUAUGAAGGCCAGCUAAUAGUCCCAGCUAAAUUAUCUGAAUUUAAAUAUAUAUAACGCACAUAUUGGCUGUGAAAAUGAAAAACAAUUUACCCCUCUCAUCUGAAGAUGGAGCAAAAUCUCCAUUUAAGAAUCAAUAUACUAAUGGCAAUAUGGAAAAGAGCAAGGAUAUUCCAUCUCAAUUUAAUCCAAGUUUAAGUUCAAGGGAGAUGAAAAAGAUCAAAUACUAUGAGGAUAUGUUUGCCAAAAUGGCACAUGAAAAUAAGAGUGGACUGAAUUCUAACAAUUCGUUGGGCCAAUCUUUAUUCAAGAGCAGUUCGAGUAAAUCCAUGCGUUUAAAAGGAUCUGAAAAAAAAUCUUUACCUGAACCUAAGGAUCAUACGUCUAACAAUCAUCAAGAAGAUUUUAUGUUAGAUAAUCAUGCAUUUUCAAAAAAUUCAAGGAUUCAAACACAUAAAAAGGAUGUAUAUAGAAAUACUGGUGAUAAAGACAACAUUUAUUCCAGGGACAAAUAUGAACCUGGUGGGUUGGCAACUUCUGAUUCAGUUAAUUCCAGCAGUAAAACGUUGCUGGAAAAUAAAAGGCUGAUGAAAGUUCAAUCUAUGCCGAUGGUUACAAAGAAAAAAAAGGUUCUUCCAGGUGCCAAAACAGAUACAGAUGGAUCAAUUACUCCUAUAACUUCAGAAAUUAGCGAUACCCAAGAACUAAGAAGUGAUUUCAGUGUAAAUAGCAAAGAUUCAAAUGAAGCCCCAAAAACACUAAAUAUUCCUAAAAAAACACCGGAUGAAAUUUAUGAACCUAUUCUACAUGUUCCAAUUAAAUCUGAAACUGCUAAGGUUGUGUUCGAUGAAGCAGAUAUAGUAACUGAUCAAGGUGGUAUCCAAACUUCCUCAGGAACUACGCUUAAGGUGGAACAUUCUAAUGAUUUUUCCGAUUUAAAAACCCAAAAGGAUCAAAUAUCCUACAAACAAGACGUGCAGGAAAAGGAGAGUGAUACUUUUGUGGAACAAAUUCUCAUGGAAAAUAUCGAAAGUGUAACAAAUAUCUCAUAUGACUCACCAAUAGACCAAACAAAAGCAGAAUUAGACGAAGUUGAAUUCAACCAAUAUAUUGAUGGAACACCAAAAACCCGCAAAAAGAGACUCAUAAGAAGUAGAAAGGGAAAGAGUAAACGCACACCACAAACAAAGGAUUAUCCGAAUGAACAAUUUGUGGAUAAUGACAAGUCAAGCCUAGAUAAUGAUUUUAGUCUUACAUCAAACUUGGACCUCGAAUUAGUUGAAGUCCCAAAAUCAUCUGUUAAGACUAGGCUUAAGUCCCAACGAAAUCUCACUAGAAAAAAGAGACAAGACGAGCAAAAUAAUUCAGAUAUUAAGACUAAUAUCAGAACUACAAAAGUUGUAAACAGAUCUCUCAGUAGACAGUCAUUAACUACCUCUAGAAGUAACAGCGGCUCCAUCGAUAAGCUUCACGGUACAAACAAAAUACAACUGCCAUCUGAAUUUGUAAAUGGCGAAGAAUCCCAUAUAAACAUAGAAUACCUGCGUAUAAUUACGGCGGAUGAAGCAGAAAGGAUAAUAAACAUGUGUUUUCAACACGAAGAUAUUGAAAAGUUAAAGAACCUAGUUAACACCACCAAAUUUAAUGUGUACGUGGCCAAAGAUUCAGGGAUAGAAGAAAUCUGGAAAAGUGGCAAAAAAUGGGAGCCAAUUUUGGAUCCUAAGCAUAUUGUUGCUCCGGUUUUUGCUGACAGGCAAAAUCAUUCGGACAGUGUAGAUGUUCCAGAAAAUCCUCUUCAUAUAUCUUUUAAAUAUCGCUUUUUUAAGGAUUUAAAUACGAUUUAA